GAAGAACACCGCGACCGAACCAACAAAAGCAGAGGAGCAAACGCAUCCGCGAGCCACCCCCCAAACCCUACACCAACACUCCGCGACCUCCCCCAAAUCGCGCCAGAGGAAUCCAAGCCGAGGAGGCGGCGGAGGAGGGGGAAGCUUCGAGAAUGUUCCGGAACCAGUACGACACCGACGUGACGACGUGGAGCCCGGCGGGGCGGCUGUUCCAGGUGGAGUACGCCAUGGAGGCCGUCAAGCAGGGCUCCGCCUGCGUCGGCCUCCGCUCCCGCACCCACGCCGUCCUCGCCGCCGCGAACAAGGCCGCCUCCGAGCUCUCCUCCCACCAGCGCAAGGUCUUCCGCGUCGCCGACCACGCCGGGGUCGCGCUCGCCGGCCUCACCGCCGACGGCCGCGUCCUGUCCCGGUUCCUCCGCUCCGAGUGCAUCAACCACGCGUUCGUCUACGACGCGCCCCUCCCCGUCUCCAGGCUCGCGCUCCGCCUCGCGGACAAGGCGCAGGUUUGCACACAGCGAUCAUGGAAGAGGCCAUAUGGUGUUGGUCUCCUUGUUGCUGGGCUAGAUGAGACUGGAGCCCAUCUAUAUUAUAACUGCCCCAGUGGCAACUACUUUGAGUACCAGGCAUUUGCUAUCGGCUCACGCUCUCAAGCCGCCAAGACUUUCCUUGAGCGCAGAUUCGAGGGCUACAACGACUACACUCCAGACCAACUGAUCAGAGAUGCCCUCUCUGCCAUAAAGGAGACGCUGCAAGGUGAGAAGCUAACCAGCUCCAACUGCACCGUUGCUAUUGUUGGCAGAAAGGACGACGGCACCGUCGAGCCAUUUGAGAUGAUUGACGCGAAGAGGAUCCAAGAAAUAAUCGACUCCAUGGAGGCUGCCGAGGAGUCGUCGAGCUCGAUGCAGGAGGAGGACAAGGGCACGGACGCCGCGCCGAUGGACAUCUAGGCCCUCAGAAUCAUACAUGUUAUCUCCUCCCCUUACGUCGCGUUCUGGGUUUCCAACAAGACUACUGUUUUAGAAAGCUGCGACUCCUGUGUACUCUUGCGUCUGUGCUACAGCCUUGCGAUGAUCUCUUUCAUCUCAGCAUCGAUAUCGACUGUGUUUGGACCGAUUAUUUACAUGUGAUGCGAACAGAAGAAUCUUUUUUUGUUUCGGGGACCAA